GUUGAAUACAGAUGAGUCAACAGCCGGUCUGAGCUGACCCACAGACUCAUAAAAACCAACAGGGCCCCAAGUACCCUCACCUGAGGCACCCAAACUCUUGGAUCAAAAGUUCAAGAACUUGCUCACAUCAAGGAUCUGGCUGCUUCUUUGGGGAUCAAGAAAAUGAGGUUUUGUCUCUACAUUUGCACUGGCAAUCCACAAGAUCAAAUUUUUGACAGAAAGGAUGUUCAAACAUCUUCGGAAGUGGUUUGUCACUCAUUUUUUUGUACAUUCUCGGCAGAGGUCAAGGCUAGUUUCCAAGGAUGGAAGGUGCAACAUAGAGUUUGGCAAUGUGGAUGUGCAGUCAAGGUUUAUAUUCUUUGUGGACAUCUGGACAACUGUGCUUGACCUCAAGUGGAGAUACAAAAUGACUGUUUUCAUCACAGCCUUCUUGGGGAGUUGGUUCCUCUUUGGUCUCCUGUGGUAUGUGGUAGCUUACGUUCACAAAGACCUCCCAGAGUUCCAUCCUUCUGACAAUCACACCCCCUGUGUGGAGAACAUUAAUGGCAUGACCUCAGCUUUUCUGUUUUCUCUGGAAACUCAAGUGACCAUUGGAUAUGGAUUCAGGUGUGUGACAGAACAAUGUGCCACUGCCAUUUUUCUGCUUAUCUUCCAAUCUAUCCUUGGAGUUAUCAUCAACUCUUUCAUGUGUGGUGCCAUCUUAGCCAAGAUCUCCAGACCCAAAAAGCGUGCCAAGACCAUUACCUUCAGCAAGAAUGCAGUGAUCAGCAAGCGGGGUGGGAAGCUUUGCCUCUUAAUCCGAGUAGCUAAUCUUAGAAAGAGCCUCCUUAUUGGAAGUCACAUAUAUGGCAAGCUUCUGAAGACCACAGUCACUCCUGAAGGGGAGACCAUUAUUUUGGAUCAGAUCAAUAUCAACUUUGUAGUCGAUGCUGGCAAUGAAAAUUUAUUCUUCAUUUCCCCAUUGACAAUUUACCACGUCAUUGAUCACAACAGCCCUUUCUUCCACAUGGCAGCAGAAACUCUUUCCCAGCAGGACUUUGAAUUAGUGGUAUUUUUAGAUGGUACAGUGGAAUCAACCAGUGCCACCUGCCAAGUCCGGACAUCCUAUGUCCCAGAGGAGGUGCUUUGGGGCUACCGUUUUGUUCCCAUAGUAUCCAAGACCAAGGAAGGGAAAUACCGAGUGGACUUCCAUAACUUUAGCAAGACAGUGGAAGUGGAGACCCCUCAUUGUGCCAUGUGCCUUUACAAUGAGAGAGAUGCUAGAACCAGGAUGAAGAAAGGCUAUGACAACCCCAACUUCAUAUUGUCAGAAGUCGAUGAGACAGAUGACACCAAAAUGUAGCAGUGGCUUUUUAACGGGAGUAAAGCAAAGUCUUCUAGAUAUCUAGUGACUAUAAGUAUUACAACGUAAUCAACAGUUUAGGGGUAUGAAAGACCCUUCAAAGUCUACCAGCACAAGGACACUUGAGCCUCAUAACUGUGAUCCUACAAAUCACAAAGCUCUACAAGGCUAUUGUAUUAGCACACAUGGUGCAUUUAUAUUAAUCUGGCAUAUGGAAGCCAGAUAGGAGCUCAUUUGGAAUCUUGAAUAUGAUUAUUUCAGGUUAUGCAAUGUUGAUGGGAACAGGCCAAAUCAUCAAAAGUCUUAAGGACAG